UUGUAUAUGGGAUACAAAAGAGAAAAUCAAGGAAAAAUUAGUAAAACAAUAGUUUCUUAACUCUGACAAUAUUCCUCUCCUCUAAAUUAUAAAACCUCUCUUCUUCUUCUUCCUUCCACUUCCCCUCCUUACCCCAAAAUAAUUUAAAAAAAAAAUCUUUAAAAGAAAUUCUGACAACUAAAAUUCUUCUCUAAUAUUAUUAAUUUUUUUGAUCAAUUCCCUUUUCUUUCCAUUUCCAUGGAAUUUAAUUUCCCAUUUUGAGAUGUUGUUUUGGUCUGUUUAGCUCAAUCUAAGAAAAUGAGUCUCAUACAUUAUUUUAUUUUAUUUUAUUUUAUUUUUUCACUUCUUUUGUUACUUGAAAGAUUCUGAUUUUCAUCAAUAACCUAGUUCGAUUUUGAUCAUUCUGAUCGUGUAUGAUUAGCAAAGUUUACAUUUUGAUGUAGAAAAAAUAAUAAUAAUUUUGGCUCUUCUAUUGUUGCAAAUUUAGGAUUUUUAUGGUGAAUGUAAUGGCUUGGUUGUUGUAAAAUAGUUUUUGGUUACUCUUCUGGUGAUUUUUUAUUAAAUUUUGUUGAUGGAGACCAGUGGAGGAGAAGCAGUAUAUGAUCAAGGCUCAGGGUGGUUUGAAGUGAAAAAGUUCCUGGAGGGGAAGGACCCUGAGCUACAGGUGUCACGCCAAGCUGGUCUGCUUGAUUUUAUUGCUUCUGCCCUGCCUGCUUCUCAUACAUCAAAGCCUGAAGCUUGCCAGGUGACAAUACACCUUUUGAAACUUUUGAGGGUUGUACUAUCUGUGCCAUUGAACAGAAGUUAUUUUCUUGCCCAAAAUCUUUUACCCCCAAUCAUCCCUAUGCUGUCGGCAGCACUUGAGAACUAUAUAAAGAUUGCUGCUUCUUUGAAUGUCCCUAGCAGCACCAAUUUGCCAUCCAGCAAAGUGUCAGUUGAAAAUUUUGAAUCUGUAUCUGAAGUACUGGAUGGAUUUUUGUGGACUGUUGCUAUGAUUAUUGGUCAUAUUAGCUCUGAUGAAAGACAACUCCAAAUGCGUGAUGGCUUGCUAGAGCUAUUGGUCGCAUACCAAGUUAUCCACUGUCUAAGAGAUCUUUUUGCACUCUAUGAUAGGCCUCAGGUUGAAGGCUCACCCUUUCCUUUAUUCUCUUAAGUAUCUCUGUUGGUGGUCUUAACAUCUGGCCCUGGAAUUAUUAGUUCCAUUGGCUGGGAAGCUUCUCCUAUUGAAAAUGUAUUGGAAAAUGAAAGUCCAGAAAUGAAACUCGCAGUUUCUCUUGCAGAUGUACCAGAGGAUGGCCCGUUAGAUGAGUUGUCUAAAGUAAAUAAAAAUGAAUAAGGUUCUCUUGGCAGAGAUGAAGAAAAGAAGAUGAAUGGUGGUUCAGUCCGGUUUAAUAAUGCUAACAUGGAAAAGACAGACAUUCAAGAUGAAUCACAGAAAAUUCUAAUUGAGAAGGAUGAGAAGAACUUGGUGGAUAUUGUUGCAGUGCAAAAGAAAGAAAAUAUGUUUGGCGUGAAACAACCAAGGGCUUUUCUUCUUUCUGCCAUAUCUGAAACUGGAUUAGUCAGCCUUCCUUCUUUGUUGACAUCUGUGCUACUUCAGGCUAACAAUAGGUUGUCUUCUGAACAGUCAUCAUAUGUGCUUCCAUCUAAUUUUGAGGAAGUGGCAACUGGAGUACUGAAGGUUCAGAACAAUUUGGCUCUUUUGGAUAUUAUAUUUUUGCAGAGAAUGCUAGCUAGGCCGGAUCUGAGAAUGGAGUUUUUCCACUUAACGAGUUUCCUUCUCUCUCAUUGCACUAACAAAUGGAAGGUGGCUAAUGAUCAGGUUGGUCUGCUUUUGCACGAGUCUCUUUUGCUUCUUGGUUAUUUUGCAGUGUUUCGCUCUGGGAAACAAGCCGUUCUACGGUGGGGAAAAAGUCCUAGAAUACCUCACAAGGUAUGCGAUUUGCCAUUUGUCUUCUUCAGUGAUCCUGAGUUGAUGCCUGCCUUGGCUGGCACACUCGUUGCUGCCUGUUAUGGCUGUGAGGAGAACAAGGGUUUGAUUCAGCAGGAACUUAGUGUGGAUAUGCUACUUGUUAAAAUCCUGCAAAAAUGUUUCUCCCCCAGUACUAGAUGAAUCCAGUGAGUCUAAUCAACACGGUUCAGAACUUAGAAAAUCUCAAGGAGACAUUCCUUUAAAAUCCAGUCUUUACAGUGCUAAAAGUGCACGGCUUUCUCUAGGAAAGGGCAGUGCUCUAGGAAACAGCAAAAGAGUUGGCAAGACGAGAAACCAGAAGGAUAGCAAAAUAGCAAAAACUUGUGAAGAUGUAACCCUGAAGCACAAUGCUCUGUCAGUGGAAACUUCUUUGACGUUGCACCACAGAUUCCCUAGUAGCUUCAUUGAUAGAGCAGAGCAUUUCUUCUCAGCAGAGAUUACCAAUGCGAGUUAGCAAGUAUGAGUCCACAUUGGCGGACCUCAUUUUCACAAUAAGGGCAGCAUCGCAACGGAAGUUUACUGGUUUUGCAGUUUUUUAUAACAACAUAUUGGUGCUAACAAAGGAGCUCAUGCCAUACAUAUCUAGGAAACAUACCAUAACAGAGGUGAAACCUGAAAAACUAUGUCAUACAGUUCUGUUCAAAUAGCUAAAUUCUUUUGGGUUUUCCUCAGAUGGGUGGCUAUGUUAUAGAAGAAGAUCAGUACAAUAUGACACUGUUAACAUGUAUCAGUUUCCUAUUUUAAUAGGAUCACAAAUUAUAAUAUAUUUAUAACUUUCACUAAUGUUACACAAUA